CAUGAGCAGCAAUUUUAAAGGGACGUGUUUAUAGUACCCGAAGCCCUGCAACUAUGGCCUUCUCUCUAACUCCACUGCUCAUAGCAAUAAUCUGCGUCUUGAUUGGAAUAAUACUGAAAGGCAGCAAGAAAAGCACCAAGACAGAGCAGAACAAGGUCAACAAGAAGGCAGAGGUUCGCCCAUGGGUGGAUGAAGACUUGAAAGAUAGCACUGACCUUCACACAGAGGCAGAAGAUGAUGCUGAAUGGCAAGGACUGGAGGACAACAUUGCUCAUAUCCCCUUUUCAGCAGAGCGUUACUCUGAAGAAGACAUGGUUAAGAGAUCAAAGGAUUUUUAUGAGCUUCUCAAUAAGAGACGAUCAGUCAGGUUUAUAAGUGAUGAGCCGGUUCCAAUGGAAGUAAUUGACAACGUGAUUAAAACAGCAGGAACAUCUCCCAGUGGGGCACACACUGAGCCUUGGACCUUUGUAAUAGUCCAAGAUAAAGAAAUGAAACAUAAGAUCCGGGAGAUCAUUGAAGAGGAGGAGGAAAUAAACUACAAGAAAAGAAUGGGAGAUAGAUGGGUUAAUGACGUGAAAAGACUGAGAACAAACUGGAUCAAAGAAUACUUGGAUACGGCUCCCUACCUGAUCCUGAUUUUCAAGCAGGUGCAUGGAAUCCUUCCAGACAGGAAAAAGAAAACCCACUACUACAAUGAGAUCAGUGUUUCUAUUGCCUGCGGCAUUCUCCUUGCUGCACUACAGAAUGUGGGCCUGGUGACAGUGACCUCUACACCCCUGAACUGCGGCCGACGCCUAAGACUGCUGCUCAGACGCCCAGCGAAUGAAAAGCUUCUCCUGCUGUUGCCCAUUGGGUAUCCCACUAAGGAUGCGACUGUGCCGGACUUGACACGAAAACCUCUGGACGACAUCAUGGUGGUGAUAUAAACAUGGAGCAACUGGGCAGAGACCUUUGACUAUAUCUGGUGAUUGAAAGUAGUCCAAAAGAUGUUUAUUUUCCUUGACUGUUUAUAUAGGAUGCCUUCAAACAUGCAGCAUCUCACUCUGCAUAGAUGCUUAAGCUCGUGUGCAGCCAUAAGUGCAUGGGAAAUGCUUGGGCAUGUGGACUGUACACGGGCCCAUUUAUGAAAUAUUGCCACAACUCUCGUAACAUGUACGUCCGUAUGUGUUUCACAUGCGGCUUCCAGCAAGCUAUUAAAGUUGUGAUCAUGGCCAAGGCAUCAAUUGUGAGAAGGCUGCAGCCUGUUAAUCUAUGCAUAGUUUAGAUACCCUACCUGUUAUUGGUGUUUCUCCAGCUACUUAUAUCCAGGCACUUUCAAAGGGCAAAUAAUGGCAACAGGUUUAAGAAAUCAGAACAGGAACAUUUGAUGGGAGUGGUAUUGAGGUGGGUUGCGGAUUAUUCUAAGGGCACCGAUGCAGUGACAUUUAAAUGGUUUUUCUCACUUCAAUUUCCACAUUCUCUGAACUGAAUUGAAGCAUAUCCUUUCUUGAUAUUUUUUGGUGAUUUUCCCUUGCAUAGUAUGCAUGUGUUGGAUUAGGUGGUCAUUAUUCCAUUCUCAGAAGGGUUCAGUCUGAAUAUAAAUAUGCUUUUUCAGUUGUUUGUUGUUUGGCUUGGAACAAGAAGCAAAUAUGUACAGGGCUGA